AAAAAGAAUAAACCUACGUGUAGCUUAAAGAUACAUGUAUGUACGCAUGCAAGAAUGGUGUAUUUUAACAACCUUCUUUUCUCCAUAAGUGUACAGCUUGAUACUCAAGAUGGUGUUCUCUUAGUUGACUAUUCCAAAAAUAUCAUUACAGAGGAGACCAUGAAGCACCUUAUGAAUCUGGCCAAAGCCAGGGGAAUUGAAAGCGCUCGGCAGAAGAUGUUUUCUGGAGAGAAGAUUAAUUUUACUGAGAACCGAGCAGUUCUCCAUAUCGCUCUUAGAAACCGUUCUAAUACACCAAUAAAUGUGGAUGGAAAAAAUGUUAUGGAUGAUGUGAAUGCAGUUCUUAACCAGAUGAGGGCUUUCACUGAGGUAGGUUAGUUUUGAGGGAUGGGUGUUGAAGAAAAACAGAUGGAUUCCCUUUCUCACUUAAAAAGGGUAAUGUUGUAGAAGAGGGAGGGGUGCAUGGAAGGUGCGAACCAAACUGGCUGAGAACCACCAUGUAAGUGCUGCUACAAUUUGUUUUAUAAAUUGUAAAUCAAAUAUAAUAGGGCACCUACACUGUAGCUUGUGAACUUCACUGUUCGUCCUUAUAGUCAUGGGGAGCAGGGAUGGCACAGAGUGC